CCGCCUGGCUUCGACAUCGCGUUCUCUCUCUUCAAUUUCUCUCAUUCUCUCUCUCCUUCUCUCUGUUCGAGCUUCUCUUCUCCAGCGCAUUUUUGUGGGCAAAUUUACUGUAAAAGCAACUGAAAUCUCCAAGAAUCUCAUCCAACAAGCGUAGAUCUCGUUAAUAGGCAUAAUGGAUGCAUGUGAUGAAAAAAUGACGAUUAUUUAUUAUAAGUCUAGUGGCAAGUGGACAAUAAAUGCGAGUGGGGAUUAUGAAUGGGAAGGAAAAGUUAAAGAUGCCAAGGGCGUGAUAUUCCUUUUUCCUCCGACAGAUUUGACAUACAAACAUCUUGUUGAUGAGUUAUAUUCUGAUAUGAAGGUGGACAAAGAUAAAGCAAAUAUCCAGUUAAGUUAUCUACCGAUUAUAAAAGGAAACAGUGAGCCGAUAUACAUAUCGAAUGACAAGCAAGUGUUUAUUUAUCUCAUGGACAAAAUAAACGGAGGAAGAAGCAUGCUUCACGUGGAGAUUGAAACAGUAAAUUUGAGAAGACAAUGUGGACAAGAAUUUGUUGUGCAAUACAUUCCGGAUUCCGUUAGUGGUGUUGGUAUUGGUGUUGGACCAUAUGGGGCUGUGCUUUAUGCAGGUUAUAAUAACAAUAUGAUUCAGAGUCCUGAUUUCAAGAGUAAAGGUGCAAGUAAUACGAUACAACUUAUAGAUGAUUCGGAUGAUGAGCAUAUUAUUGUUCGAGGAGAAGAUGAAAUGAAUGAAGAACAUGCAAAUAUUUUAAAAGAGGGACAUGCAAUUGAUAUGGCAUGUGGAACCAACAAAGUUGACUGUGGUGACGAAGAUGGUGAUGGUGAGAAUAAGUUGGCUAUGGUAGCUGUGGAGGACACAUCGUUUUCUCUUUCAGUAUUCAAUUUUACGGAUGGAUUGAAUAUAAGUAUUGGUUAUGAGUUUGAUAGUAAGGAAGCAGCUCAGGAAUAUGUACGGAAAGGCGCAGUUAAGGCUUGUUUCGGUUAUGCUACAGUGAAAUCUGACAAGAAGUUGUGGGAAUUAAGAUGCAAGUUUUAUAAAUCGGGCUGUGCUUGGAAGUUACGCAUCGCAGCGAUUCAGAAUUCCGCGCGUUUUAGUGUAAGAUCACAUAAUCCCGUUCAUAGUUGCAGACCUGUAUCUGAAUCAGAAAAAGCUACAAAAGGUUCUGCGAAGUUGGUUAGAGAUUACUUAAAGGAAGAGUAUGCCGGUGCGCUUGAAACUCCCACAGCAAAAGAGAUAGUAGAACGGGUGAAAGUCAAAUACGGUGCGAGUGUAUCAUAUAUGAUGGCAUUGAGAGGAAAGCAUAGUGCUGAAAAUGAGAUUCGUGGUAGUCAUGUUGAACAUUAUAGUAGACUUCCUGGUUGGUUGCACAUGUUGAGGGAAAGAAAUCCUGGGACUAUGGUGAGUCUUCAUUUGGAAGAUGAUAAAAAAACUUUCAAAUACCUCUUCAUCGCCUUGGGUGCAACUAUAAAAGGAUGGAAAUAUAUGCGGAAAGUGGUUGCUGUUGAUGCAACAUUUCUAACGAGCGAAUAUAAGGGAGCAUUGAUCGUGGCAACCGCCCAAGAUGGUGAUCAUCACCAAUAUCCUCUAGCUUGGGGUGUGAUAGAUAGAGAGAAAGAUGCUUCAUGGUUGUGGUUUAUGACAAGGUUAAGCGAAGUAAUACCGGAUGGUCCUGAUGUAGUUGUGUUAUCUGACCGACAUAAAAGUAUAAUCAAAGCUGUGAGAGAUGUAUACAAGCAAGCGCAACACGGCUUUUGUGCAAGGCACAUAGCACAGAAUUUAAAAGUGCAUGUUAACAGAGGCACAAGAAGAAAGGGUUCAAAUGGUGAGACCGUCACUAAAUUAUUCUUUAAAUGUGCAGCAGCCUACACGAUCAAUGAGUUUGAAGACCUGUACAAUGAUCUAAAGAGCAGAUAUCCCAAAGUGGCCGAGUACAUGCAAAAGGAAGAACUUGCACCCGAGAAAUGGGCAAGGUGUAAAUUUAGGAGUGAAAGGUACAACUUGUUAACAACCAAUGGGGCUGAAUCGAUCAACUCCGUACUGAAGAAGGCAAAAAAGUAUCCAUUGCUAGGUGUACUUGAUAUUUGUCUUGGAAAGACGGUGGAAUGGUUCAACAAGCACAGGUUGGAAGCAGGUAGUGCUGAUGAAUCUCAAAAGUUAACACCAUUUGUUUACAAAGAGUUACAUGAACGUUACGAGAAGGCAUGUACGUUUGACGUUCAAGAACUGAACUGUUUUACUGGUGAGUUUGAGGUAAGGGAUGACAAUGGUAGAAGAUACUUUGUUAAUCUUGGAGAAAGAACAUGCGGUUGCAAAAUGUUUGACGUGGAUAGGUACCCUUGUAGUCACGCAAUUGCAGCAGCACAUAUGAUCGGAAAAGGCGAUAUGAUAUACGAUCUAUGUUCUGAAUAUUACAUGCGAGAAACAUGGCGCAUGGCUUACCAAGAGACUGUGUAUCCAGUUCCUGAUUGUUGUGAUUGGAACUUGCCAUCGUUCAUUGCAGAUAUAACGGUUUUACCGCCGAUAGUGGAAUGGGAAGGAAAAGUUAAAGAUGCCAAGGGCGUGAUAUUCCUUUUUCCUCCGACAGAUUUGACAUACAAACAUCUUGUUGAUGAGUUAUAUUCUGAUAUGAAGGUGGACAAAGAUAAAGCAAAUAUCCAGUUAAGUUAUCUACCGAUUAUAAAAGGAAACAGUGAGCCGAUAUACAUAUCGAAUGACAAGCAAGUGUUUAUUUAUCUCAUGGACAAAAUAAACGGAGGAAGAAGCAUGCUUCACGUGGAGAUUGAAACAGUAAAUUUGAGAAGACAAUGUGGACAAGAAUUUGUUGUGCAAUACAUUCCGGAUUCCGUUAGUGGUGUUGGUAUUGGUGUUGGACCAUAUGGGGCUGUGCUUUAUGCAGGUUAUAAUAACAAUAUGAUUCAGAGUCCUGAUUUCAAGAGUAAAGGUGCAAGUAAUACGAUACAACUUAUAGAUGAUUCGGAUGAUGAGCAUAUUAUUGUUCGAGGAGAAGAUGAAAUGAAUGAAGAACAUGCAAAUAUUUUAAAAGAGGGACAUGCAAUUGAUAUGGCAUGUGGAACCAACAAAGUUGACUGUGGUGACGAAGAUGGUGAUGGUGAGAAUAAGUUGGCUAUGGUAGCUGUGGAGGACACAUCGUUUUCUCUUUCAGUAUUCAAUUUUACGGAUGGAUUGAAUAUAAGUAUUGGUUAUGAGUUUGAUAGUAAGGAAGCAGCUCAGGAAUAUGUACGGAAAGGCGCAGUUAAGGCUUGUUUCGGUUAUGCUACAGUGAAAUCUGACAAGAAGUUGUGGGAAUUAAGAUGCAAGUUUUAUAAAUCGGGCUGUGCUUGGAAGUUACGCAUCGCAGCGAUUCAGAAUUCCGCGCGUUUUAGUGUAAGAUCACAUAAUCCCGUUCAUAGUUGCAGACCUGUAUCUGAAUCAGAAAAAGCUACAAAAGGUUCUGCGAAGUUGGUUAGAGAUUACUUAAAGGAAGAGUAUGCCGGUGCGCUUGAAACUCCCACAGCAAAAGAGAUAGUAGAACGGAUAAGCCAUCCAAAAGGUGACAUGUUCGCUGAGGAGUGA